UUAUUCUCCAAACCAAAACACAAUCUAAGUUAUAAGUUAGGAUAUCUAUAAGAGAUGUUUCGUUUUCCGGUGAGUCUUGGAGGUCCACAUGAUAAUCCUAUGCAGCCACUGCCGUCAGAUGAGCAGCCUCAUCGGGCGAUGAUGGACGAGGUUGACUUUUUCAGGUCGGAGAAGAGAGAUGAUCAUAAUAUAAUCACCGAGGAGACUAAUAGGGUUCAUGUCAAAAGGGAGAACUCACGUGCUGUUGUUGAUGAUGAUGAUCAUUCUACGGGUAUCAAUACUGGACUCAAUCUUCUCACUGCGCAUACGGGAAGCGACGAGUCAAUGGUGGAUGAUGGAUUGUCUGUGGAUAUGGAGGAGAAACGUUCAAAGAUUGAGAAUGUACAACUUCGAGAAGAGCUAAAAAAGGCAGCUGAAGAGAUUCAAAGACUAAAGGAAAUGCUAAGUCAAACAACCAACAAUUUCAACUCCUUACAGAUGCAGCUUGUUGCUGUCAUGAGGCAACAAGAAGAUCAUCAUCAUGUGGCCACGACCGAGAACAAAGACAAGGCCACUAAACGACAUGAACUAUCUGAAAUGGUUCCAAGACAAUUCAUCGAUUUGGGACUACCGACCGCUGAAGUGUCGUCCGAGGAGAGGACGACUGUUCGGUCAGAAUCUCCUCUAUCGCUCCUAGAGAACUCUAGCUCACGUCAGCGUGGAAAGAGAUUACUUGAGAGAGAAGAAAGUCCGGACACCGAAUCUAACAACUGGGGAAACCCUAGCAAAGUUUCCAAACACAAUGCUUCCUCCAGCAAUUGUAAUGGCAAUGGGAAUGCUAUCGAUCAGUCAGCCGCUGAAGCCACAAUGCGUAAAGCACGUGUCUCGGUCCGUGCUCGGUCGGAAGCUUCAACGUUAAUCGAUGGGUGUCACUGGAGAAAGUACGGACAGAAAAUGGCAAAAGGAAACCCGUGCCCUCGAGCUUAUUUCCGCUGCACGAUGGCCGUUGGAUGCCCCGUUCGCAAGCAAGUGCAACGUUGCGCAGAAGAGAGAUCCAUUCUCAUAACAACCUACGAAGGAAACCACAACCAUCCAUUACCACCGGCAGCUAUGUACAUGGCUUCAACCACAACCGCAGCUGCAAGCAUGCUCCUCUCAGGCUCCAAAAUGUCGAGCCAAGACGGUUUAAUGAACCCAACAAAUCUCUUCGCACGAACCAUGUUGCCUUGUUCCUCAAGCAUGGCCACAAUCUCAGCCUCUGCGCCAUUCCCAACCAUUACAUUGGACCUCACAGAAUCAGCAUCCAACGUUAACAGCCCAACCAAUAUGAAUCAGUUGAUGCAAUUCCCACAACGGUCUGGUUUCGGGGAGAUGAACCAAUCAGGGUUGCCUCAAAUGAUGGGACAGGCUUUGUAUUAUAACCAACAGCAGUCCAAGUUCUCGGGUUUACAGUUACCGACUCAGUCGCUGAACGCUAGCGAGAGUGUCAGCUCCGCUACUGCAGCUAUCGCUGCUAAUCCGAACUUUGCUGCGGCUCUAGCCGCAGCCCUCACGUCUAUUAUCAACGGUCCGAAUAACCACCAGAAUGGGGACAGUAACAAUGGUAAUAAUAAUGUUACGACCAGCAUUGAGAGGCAAUAACAUUUCUAUAUGUUCUAGGGUUUUGAGUUUAUUUUGUCUUAUUUUUAUAUUUUUGAUUGUAGUUAUAGCUUUUUAGAUCUUUUCCGAACAACGAGAGUCCUGAGAGCAAGUAUUUUUUUUUCUCGUUGCUUUUGUAUGAUUGGUAAUUUUGUUCAGGAGUAUAACUGAAUAAAAGUAGUUCUUAUAAACUCAAGUGGAUCAACCAAGAGCUAUGGUUCAGGUUUGCAACUUGAGGUCAUAGAGCUUGGUCAUUCGUACGU